AAACCUGCAAAAAAGAUGGGGAACACCAGAGCAGCCGAACGCAUUUAGAAAAUAGAAACAAAAAAUCGCUAUUUUCUCGGCAGCCAAACACAUUCUAGAAAAGGGAAAGGGGAAAACGAUAAAAAGAUGCCCCCAUGCAGGAUCGAACUACAGACCUUCAGUUUACAAGACUGACGCUCUACCACUGAGCUAUAGGGGCGUUGAAUUUCAUGGCACAGAACAUUUAUUUUCACAAAAAACAUUUCUCUGUGCUCACUCACUCCACCCCUUCCCACACAUCACUACCUUCUCCGGUGCUCCAUCUAUUGCCUUGAGAUUGAUUCAGAUGGACAACGCCAACACCAGUUUCGAUCCUGAUCUGAUUCAUGCCAUUUUCAAGCUUGUAUGGUCCAGAACAGCCCUCGAACGUGAAAAGAACGAAGGAGCCGAUGCUCUGGAGUGCGAAGUAGGAGUUGCAACAUCAAAGAAAAAUCGGCCCACUUCAGCUAAUGCAAAUGCUCUAAAGCUGAGUUGUGAACUUCUGCGGGUUUUUGUCAUAGAGGCCGUUGAACGUGCUGCCACAAUUGCUGAAGCGGAGGGUGUUAAUAAAAUAGAAGCAACACAUUUAGAGAGGAUUCUUCCACAGUUACUUCUGGAUUUUUGAGGUACUUGAGGAAAACUUAGCAGAUGAUGUUUCUCCACUAUGGGUUUGCAGUAAUAUUAAUUUAUAUGAAGGCAUGAAAAUAUCUCAUGCUCUCAAACCUGUUCAAAUUUGGAGAUUGCCAUCAGUGACUCUGUAAAAAAAGGGUAUUUUGUGGAUCAAAAUAGACAAAUUCAUGCAGCCCAUUUCUUCUUGUGGUAGGAGAGGGGAACUUUCGUCUUAGUGCAAACUGCUGGGGUCCAUAUCUUGAGUUUGUUGCUCUGAUUCAUUUUUCAUCAAUAUGAUGGACAUGAUUUUGUAUGUCUA